AUGUUCAGAAUUGCCAAGAGCAUCGUCAAAACUUUUGAACAAAGCGUCUCUGAUACCAUUGGCGCCGGUGGUCGUUUGGACUCAUACUUUGAGAGCAUUCCUCCUCAACUACUGGUUCCCGGGAACGACUCAAAUGAGUCAUUGCACGGACUUCGUAUCCUGAGCUGUGACGAAACCCAAUUGCAAUUGCAGUCAUUUUUUGACUACAUCGUUGGUAUCGAAGAUCAGCCCUUGCCUCUAGCACAAAACCAACACGGGUAUCUAUACCCGGACUUCAGCUCAAUAACACGCAUUUUGAACUCCGCGAGCGGGUCCAGCAUCAGGCUCAAUGUAUGGUCAGGUAGGGGCGGUCUAUACCGGACCGAAUAUAUGCACAUAGAACGCAAGCAGAACGUGGAGGACGUCCCUCUUGACACUGUAGCAGGCCAAGAAUACCACGAGUUUGAUCGCUUGGGGUUUGCUGUCCAAUGGACCCCACUUGUUGCCGCCACAUACACUUACCACGUCCUGGAGGUUUCAGACCCUGUGGGCUCUGCUAGCCACGCUGGACUAGUGCCACGUGAAGACUAUGUGAUAGGCUGUCAAGACGGCUUGCUAGCAACUGGUGGAGAAACUUUACUACAGGAAAUACUCAGAUCGAAGGCUAACCAAGAUCUAGUUUUGUAUGUCUACAACUCCGUCAGUGACUGCAUUAGACCCGUCACAGUACACGUUGACGGCAAUGGGAGACUUGGCUGUAACAUGGGGUAUGGGUACCUUCACAGAAUUCCUGCUCCAACAGCCCAGAACUCAAUUUACUCCGCACAGCAGCUCGAGGGGAAUAAUUCAUACUCAACCACAGAGGCUGCAGACUUUAAUGAACAUGCACCUGCUGGGAGCUCUUUUGUACCAGCUGGGUCACCAGCGGCAAUCUCGACGAAUACUGAAGCGGCCCCUACAAUGACUACCACAUCGCAGUUCAUUGUCCCUCCUCCGAUCCACAAGCGUAAAUCAAAGCACCACAACUCCGCUGCAGCCGCUUCUAUACAAGACUACUUUCACGAGGGAAAAGACCCCAGCCCUGCAUCCUCCAGUAAGAACCUUUCAACUCCUCCUCCUCCCCCGUUGAAGUCGCAGAAGGCAUCUGAGGACUAA